AUGACUGUUACUAUGUUAAUUAUGGGUGCCAUUUAUUGUAUUGUUUUUAUAAUUGGAUUUAUUGGUAACCUUUGGGUUAUUAUUAUAUUAUCAAAAAUAAUUUAUAAAAAUAAAAAAUCAAUGAGCCAAAUGUUUCGAAAUAUAGCAUCUUAUAUUUUAACUUUAUCUAUUGUUGAUCUCAUGGUUCUUUCAAUGAUUCCAUUACUUUUGGGUCAGAUGUUUUGUGAUUCCUGGCCAUUUGGAUAUUUUGGAUGCAAAUUAUUUUGGGCUGUAGAAAAUAUUAAUAAAAUUUUAUCUAUUGGAAUAUUAACAAUUAUGUCUUUUGAAAGACUAAUGGCUGUUUAUAGACCAUUUAAUAAGUCAGUCUGCCUUAAAUCUAAUUUUUUUGUAAUAAUAAGCAUAUUGACAAUUUUUUCAAUACUUUUAAAUAUUCCAAUAAUUUAUUAUGCUGAUAUUCUGGAACAUGAAAUGAUAAAUGAUAAUAGUACUAUUAUAAAAAUCAAAAUUUGUCGUUCUGAACUUCCAGACAAUAUAAUGCCAUAUUUUAUAACAUAUAUGUUUACAUUUUGUUAUAUUCUUCCAGCUAUCUGUAUAACAUAUUGUUAUAUAUUUUUAAUCAAAUUUAUUAAAAGAAGACCUAAUAAUGGAAGUAUAAGUAUGACAGCAUCAUAUAUAAAAAAAGUAACAAGAUCUAUCUUAAAAGUUUCAUUUUUUCAUUUAUGUUGUUGGGGACCAUUUUGGAUAAUGUUACUUAUUCCAGUUCUUAAUAAAAUUAAUCUUAUACCAGAUAUAAAUUAUAAUUAUCUUAUUAUUUGUAAAUGUAUUACAUCUUUUUUACCAUAUAUUAAUUCAAUGGGUAACUGGUACUUUUAUGCUGUUAUGAAUCGUGAAAUAAGAAAUAGUACCUAUGGUAUAAUAAAAAGGAAAGAUAUUGUCAAAAUAAAAGAAUUAGGAAGCACAGUGAUGCAUAAAAUAUCUCUUAGAUCUAUAAACAAUGUAUAUAAUUAA